GCUCUACGCCCUCCGGAGGCACAAAAAUGGUAGAGCUUUGUCUCACAGCUGCAGGCGCCUCCUGAUCUGGACUCUCUUUCUUUUUCUUGAAGAUGCCUCGACUUUUUUUACGGCCAGGCUUCUUGGCGCUCUCCUUUGCUGUCUCGCUCGCCGAUUUUGUUGGUCCCGUGUGUCUCAGGAAGUACGCCAUGUCGAAGGUAGCACCGGCUCUUGUGUUCGAGAAGGCUCGCUUGCUGCUCAUCAAAGAGUCCUGGGACUGAGGCAUCGCCUCGCGGAAAGUGCGGGCUUCCGAGGCCUCCAUGAUCGUAGGGACGAGCGAACGGUCACGCGUUGGCUGGCGCGUGUUUGCAGUCCACGAGUGCCGCCUAGUUAUAUGCUGGGGCGGCGAUAAUCCAGGAGGUGAUUUUAGGCUCGGGCUCUUGCGAAGUCCGGUUGCUUCUUGCCAAUCGCCGAAAGCUGAAUCGCCGCAACAAAUCAGAGACGAGUUCUCUCGAGGGCCACGCUCAAAGUCGUGAAUUCCGUGGCCCAGGUUGGUGCGAUGGAGGCGUUAAGCAACAGUAAACUGCAUGGACUUGUGCGACGGCUAAAGACCAGAUUGAAGUUUAGCACCGUUACACUUUUCGGACUGUCGUGUGUGUCAAGGGAAACAGAAACCAAGGCGGAGGAGGCAUCCGUGGUCCAUCAGUAGCGCAGAAGAGGACAGUAUCAGAGGAAAGAAAAGUCAGAAUGAAGGGUGGUGUUACAGAGAAAAAAAAAACAAAAUUGAAUUACGAAGACGUUGACCUCCUCGCUACAUCAUGCUGAUUGACUCAGCAGGGUGCAAUUGACAACAUAUAUACAAGCACUUAAGUGAAGACAGGCGCCGGGACAUCGGCUGAGACCUGUCGGGAACUGGUUGGUGAAGAGUGGCUUGUAGCACGGUAGUCGUCAGAAAAAAAGAAAGGGAGGAAUCGCUUGCGAUGAUGGCGCUAAGAUAGUCAACAGCAUGGCCUGCUCGAAUUACACGAGUCGAAGUCAAUCGAAAUUUGCUCGAGCAUGUCGGGCUUCUGGAUCGUGAACGACUGCUUAGCUUAUUUUGCUCAGGCUCAGCCAUUCCGGGUCAAGACACGCAAUCACGAAGCACUGCACAGCAGUCAGUCUGCCGCCGGCUCUGAGGACAAAGCUCACGGCCAAGACAUCAAGGCUGGAUGCGUACUCCGUACCAACGAUCCAAAACAAAGGUUGCAGCCCAUGGGUUUUCGCCCUGCAUGUGCAGGGGCUUGUGCCUCGCUCAGAUUUGAUGGCCCCCCCAGGCAUCCCGAGCUGGAUCCAAACAAGUGGCGGCCUUACGUGUGGUCGUCACAUCACUUAACAAUCACACCAGGCAAGCGGCGGUGUUGAGCUGUCUACGACAUGAGGCGAACCGGACUGGCGUCGACCGAGAACAUGGCAUAAGGCUGGCCCGGAGACGUCAAUUGCACCAUAACGGUCCCACGUUGUGCAACGUGAAUCACUUUGCCAAAGAGCCGAAGUUUGCGACAAGCCUCUUAGAUCACAAAAAAGACUAUCC